AUGAACUUUGGGGCCGAUCGAACUGGGGAUUUUCUCCGGUUAGUUAACAGCCUUCGCUCCUCCUCUAAUGACCACAUACCGCGUGGCGAAAAUGUUUCUUUACUUAAAUCCUCAUCAGAUGAACUGGCUUCUCAUUCCCACCCGAAUUCCUCCAUCUCAAAGUCUUCUCAAUUCGCUCAAAUGGCUGCUCUAAUCAGUUCAGAUCUCGCUGUCACUUGUAGCCGUCUUGAAAGCCUUUCCACCCUUGCUCGGCAACGAACCCUUUUUGAUGAUCAUUCAGCAGAAGUUCAACAUAUCACCCUCCUUAUUCGUGAAGAUAUUGCUAAUCUUAAUCAUAGAAUUGCGGACCUUUCUAAUUUAUCAAAAGCCAAUUCUAACUCAUACAACCAUCAGCAAUCCGCUCGACAUAAUUCAUCAAUUCUUAUGAGUCUGCAGUCUCGGCUUGCAGGAAUGUCAGAGCGCUUUAAACGAGUUCUCGAACAGCGAUCUAAAACUCUGAGAGAUCAGGCUGCUAGGAAAAAUGCUUUCUCAGCUCAACAGAAACCCUCGAAUGGAGUAGUUAAUAUGGCAUUUGAGCCUCCUGAACGCAUAGAUGGUGGAACAAAGACCAGUGUCUCUGCCGCUACAAUAGUUCCUUCAAUUCUUCUUCAGGAUGAACAGAAAGCGCGACAGGAAAACAGCGUGGAACCCAGUGGGACCGCUAAUCUCCUGUUGCCAGAUCCCAGUCAAACACAACUGAUGAUGUAUCAAGAUCAGACUGAUGCCUAUUUAACUGCUCGACAUGACACAGUGCGGACUAUCGAACACACAAUCGUGGAAUUGGGGGAGAUAUUCCAGCAACUUGCGACUAUGGUUCAUGAACAGGAGGAAAGAGUUGAACGAAUAGACGCCAAUGUGGAGCAGUCCUUGGUAUCAAUAGAUUCCGGACAUGCUGAACUGGUGAAAUAUCUUCGGUCAGUUUCCUCAAAUCCAUCUGAAAAUCUCUCCAAAGCAGAAAAAUUGCAGCAAACUAAAAGACCUAAAAUAUUACCGGCCAUCAGAAAAUCGGAUAUCAAGCCGACUAAAAAGAAGCAAUGGACUAAUCGUGAAAGAACUUUAGUUUUGUGCUCUCGUGGUGUUUCGUUUUUGGGUCGUCACAUUAUGAAGGAUCUUAUUACCAUGAUGCCUCAUUCAAAGUCUGAAACUAAGAUGGAUGCUAAGCAUGACCUACCCUUAAUCAACGAGGUUGCUGACAUUCGUAAUGCAUCUAAAGUGGUUUUCUUCGAGGGUCGCAAAAAGCAUGAUCUUUAUCUUUGGCUCAGUUGUGUCCCAGCUGGUCCUUCAGCAAAGUUCUUGGUUGAAAACAUUAGCACCACAUCUGAAUUGAAGAUGACUGGAAACGCUCUUCGUUACAGUCGCCCUAUUCUCUCCUUUGAUAAGAACUUUGACGAUGUUGAAUCGCCGCAUCUCCAACUCUUAAAGGAAAUAAUGAUUUCGACAUUUGGAACCCCCAAUUUCCACCCAAAAAUGCAACCUUACACAGAUAAGGUCAUUUCUUUUAAUUACUUCAAUGGUCGUAUCUGGUUUCGUGUUUAUCAAAUCGUUGAGGAAAGCGGUGCCCUUUCAGAAAUUGGUCCUCGUUUUUCUCUUCUCCCGAUGAAAAUCUUUUUGGGGAGUUUUAAUGGAGCAGUCAUCUGGGAGAAUCCCAACUACGUUUCUCCUAACAAGAUUCGACAAGCUCUGGGAAUGAAGAAGGACGUCAAGUAUAUGGACAGAGUUGAGGCUAAGAAGGGUAAAAAGAAGAGGAAGACAAAGCAAACAGUUUUGCAUGAGGUUGAUCCUAUUGAUGAUAUUUUUGACUAG